GUUUCGGCAGUCAGUGGCGAUGGCGGCGCGGUGCUUCUUUGCUGGUUGCGAGAACGGAUGUGCCGACGGCUCGGUCAAGUGCGCGUUCCAUCUUCACCGUCGGCUAUGUGCCAUUGAAGGUUGUCGCAGCCAAGUGUACGCGCGCGGGUUUUGUGUCAAGCACGGGGGCAAGCUCCAGUGCCAGUUCGAAGGCUGCGUGCUCAACUCGCGCAUUGGGACGUUUUGUACCAAGCACGGGCCUCCAGAGCACAUUCGCCACUGCUCGGAACCAGGCUGCACGAACCAAGCGCAUCUCGGUGGUCGGUGCUUUCGCCAUGGUGGUCGCCGGGUGUGCAGCGUCGACGGGUGCAAGACGCUCGCCAGGAUGCGUGGUCUCUGCACGCGGCACAUGACCAAAAAGGAAAAGAUGGCGCAAGAAUUCAAGUGCGACGGUCUCGAUAGUCCACAAACACCUCGAGCCAAAAGUGCAGCGCCAUCCACAUCGGCCCUACGUUCGCAUCCCGUAGCCCAUACAGCUCCGCACCAGCCACCAAGAAAUCCACCGCAGGUCAAGAACGAGCCACAUUGUCCAGACCCCGUUUUCUUUGCCCACCGCCUCCAUCCACAACCACCCCUUGCGUUCCCAUCAUGGCAAGCCCUUCGCAGUCCCCCCAAAUUGACGCUUCCACCCAUGCAGCUUCCUUCCCGCUUCGACGGAUACCGCCAUGCCCCGGCACUACCGCCUCUUCGCCAGCUGCCUGUGUAUGCUGCGCUGCGUCGUCCUCGGGAUGCGUACCGGCCACAAGUGAUCCUCGAUCACCGGCAUUCCAAAAGCCAAGCUCUGGCAGAAGUGGCGACUUUACUUGCAGACUAUUACCAAUAGCUAGCCCGUGUCAAAAGCAUUGAGCACUACACUACCAUUGCCAUGAACAAAGGGGACGAGAGAACGUUCGGGAUCACUUUGAAUAGAGUAAGCAGUCCAAGACAGUCGACAUCUUCACGAUCUUAAGUAUGGAUGGCUCUGAACGAGAGCUGAGAGAUUCACGCCGCGGAAGACAGGAGGACCUUGGCGUACGUCUUACGCGCCACGUACGUUUGCUGCGACUGCUCCUGCGCCAUCCAAACAUUGUCGGUGCACGCGGCAGGUUUGUUGCUGCUACGGGGAAACAUGCGUCGCACCAACUUGUCCAACGCGACUUCAAAAACACGAAGAUAAAGCUGAAUGUGGCUGUAUGGGUCCAAAUGCUUGAGUUGGGCCACGAGACACUCCACGGGAGACGGAACCGAUGGUGAUGAGCGCACUAGCAGCUGCGCCAUGUCGUACGCAGUCAGUCCCAUCGCGACACACUUCUUCAACAAUAACGUGCCCACGUGCAGUGUUGCCAGCGCCUUUACAGGGGGGCGAAUCGAUUGCUUCAUUGUCUUCUCCUGGGCGAACGAGUCCAAUGAUCCCACAUACGCCUUCGUCUUGGUGUCGAACGGUACCUUCGCUUGAGGCCAGUGCAUCCAUGCAAACGUGGUUUCGUCCAUGUACUCCAACUCGGGCAAGCAACAGCCGUGGUCAAUGGGAAUCAGGUUCCAUGGAUGUUGCAAUGGCGACGUCUGGUUGCCUGAAGUAUGCUGCACGAGGAGGUUUCCAGAGUGGCGAUCUUGAUUAAAGAGGCGAAUGUCCAAACACGCAAUCGCGUGCACUUGGUCGACAGAGAACGACGCUGGCCCCAUGUCCUCUGCACUGCAAUCGUGCGGACAGUACGCUUGAAACGACCCGAGCUUCUUUGCGCCCGAGUUGUACACCUCAUGCUUACUAAAUGCUAACGCCGUGGCAGGUACACGGGCAAACCCGUCGAUAUCCACGAGAAAGGCCAUGCACUCGCGGACUGCCAUUUGACCUAGCGGAACGCCUCGUCGGACUACGUUUCCAUGUUCCUUGGGAUUGAACGGAGCUCCAGGUUCUUCAUCGCAUGGUUUGAAUAUCCCGACAAAUCGUUGAUGCAGUGAUCGACAUGCAUAAACUCCUCCAGUUCCAUCAUCGAGCAAGAUCGGGCGGACUCCCCGCGCAAACGCCUGUUGGACGGAUGAUGCGGCUGGUUGUAGGGCUGCGCAUGGGUACGCCAACGACAUGCAGCUCAUGGAACACGUUGAUCUCAAGCAGCGGGUGCACACUCAGACCGAGGAAUGGGUUUCUUCUCUUCAGGAUGGUAGCGGGCGGAAAGGGCGGCAGACGCGGCAACGGGCAG